AUGACUCAAAUAUGGACUUUUGCUAUCAAGGCCAACUCUACUCUCAGCAGAUCUGAAGUCUUGGCUAAAGUUUUUUGUUGGGUAGACAUGCAAAUCACCGAGCUUCAGCACCAAGUUACCAAAGCUAGGCAAAAUCUCUCUGUGAACAGCCUUCCGUGUGGCUUCUUUAUCAUACCCAUUGCACCGCUGGAGACGGUCCCUACCUUUGUAUCUCAGGCUUCUGAUCUAGCCAAAAACUCAGCUACACUUGCCAGAAGUUAUCUGCAGGUUAUUGGUGAAAUGAGCCAUAGUUACAACUGGGGCAUGUCUUGUUUUGUGUCUGAGAUGCAAAUUACUACCGACCCCUUGACAUCCCCAGGCUGGGUCAAAACAUAUGACUUUGAGCACUUUUGGAGAGAUUUCAUUGCCCAUCAGAGCCAGGUAAUUGACUAUCUGCUUAAGACUGAUUCAUUACCCCAGACUUGCCAGCAAUCAUAUCAACCAACUGUUUUCAACACGCCCUGCCUACAAGAGGUCAACGGCAAGCAAGUUAUAUGUUCUGACCUGGAACAAUAUGUAUAUUGGACAAUGAACCCCAUGACUUGCUCUCAGGAUUCCCUUCAUCCUACCACAACAAUGCAUCAAAUCAUUGCGCAAAGUCUACUCCCUGCUGUCAAUUACUGA